CCCCGCUUCUGCACUGCAAGAUUUGCCACCGGUUGCCGCGAGCCGUUGCAUAUUUCCCAACGUCUUUGGAGCUACUUUGGCGUAAUUGCGAAUAAUAAAAACAAAGCCGGCCGCCAGCGAUGUGUGCACCUUGCCGCCCCCCGCAGCCUGAUUCACUACUCGCCCACCGUCAGCGUCCUGCGUUCAGACUAGCGGCGCCACCAUGGAAAAGAACCUCGCGCUCGUGGGCUGAAACACCGGCGCUAAGAUCACUCGCGCGGGGGGCGCAUCACCUCUCCCCGACCGCGUGUGUGGACAUGUGUGAUUGGGGCCAAAUCUCGGGCCAACUCGAGGUUCAGUGUGGGCGCUGAUCUAGUGGCUCCCCCCCCCAUCCCAUCUACUUCUGUCGAACAUCCCCGACCCAACACAUCUACAACUCCUCGUUGUUGUCUUUACUUGCGGUAUAUAUCAUACACUGUGUCUCUCUUUCGUUUUUGUUUCUCGCACCAAUCUGUCUUCCCCCUCAGCCCGUGAACCUCAAGCCAGUCCUGUCUAUUGUACCAUCUAGCACGCCGUGAUCAAGAUGGAUACCCAGGACAUUGCCUCAGGGCUCGCUGAGGACAAAACAUUUGGCCCGCAGGUAUCCUACCAUUUCGAUUUCACACUCUACUUUGAACAAAUCUUCUUCACCCUUGUGCCCGCUUGCAUCUUCAUAUGUUGUAUGCCGCACUAUGUGCUCCGUGUGCGACAAGGCACCAAGGUUGUCCGAGCUGGCUACUUGUUUUGGGCCAAGCUAGCAUUGGGGCUCAUCCUUCUUGGAUCCCUGCUGGCUGAUGUUGUCGUCUGGAGUACGCUGGCCACUUUUCGCACCAAGUUGGGCAUUUUUGCUGGCUCGGUCAAUUGUGUUGCCGCCGUCUGCGUGCUCUUCGCCCUCUAUGCCGAGCAUUUCUACUCACAUCACCCGUCACUGCUGCUUGGUUUAUAUUUUGUGGUUAGCUUUAUCUUCGAUAUUGCUAUUCUUCGCUCCUACUCCUUACGCCAGAUCAUAAGCGAAGUCUCUCUACGCGCAGUUGUUCUUGCGAGCAGGGUGGGUUUAAUAGCUUUGGGAGAGGUUUCGAAACGCUCCCUAUUUAUAAGCGACGAAAAGAAAGAGGGAACUGGCAAAGAAGCGGUCACUGGCCUUUUGGGUCGUGCGUUUUUUGUGUGGCUCAACACAACUUUCUGGCUUGGCUCCAAGACACAUUUGGAAGUCAAAGAUCUCGACAACCUUGACGAGGAGUUGAAAUCGGCCAGAGUAUGCCGCGAUUUUCAACGUCACUGGAGUCAAGUAAACAAAAAGUCUCGAUUUGCCCUGUUGAGAGCGUUUCUGAAAACUCUUGGGAAACGACAGUUGGUAAUGGGUGCCGCCAUCUGCUGGCUUAAUGUCGCCUGCUCCUACCUGCAGCCAUUCAUCAUCCAAGCUGUAGUUGCUGCAAUGGGGGAGACAGACCUCCCUGACCACACAAGGAAUGGCCUGAUUGUCUCAACCAUGUUGGCCUAUCUCCUCUAUGCGGCUACGCGUGCUUUCUAUCAACAGGCUAUGGCCCGCUCUGCGACUGUUCUCAGAGGCUCUCUUCUGUCAGCAGUCUUCGACAAAGUCACGGAACUGAAUGUCAACCAUUCGGAGGACGGAACAGCUCUUGCUCUCAUAACCGUUGAUAUCCCAGGCAUGGAGCAGAUCCUCAAGCGCUUAAAUGAUACCGUGGGUGGUCUCAUUUCCAUUAUUGCAGGCAUUGUAUACCUCUCCAUGACAGUUGGUGCCGCCUCAAUUUUUGCAGUUGUCCCCAUUAUUGUCGCUAGCAUCUUGGCCUACAUGCUGUCUACGCGAAUUAAACGCACUCAGAAGAACUGGAAUGAUUCCAUAGAGAGCCGCGUCAACGCCAUCAAGGAUGUGUUGGCCAACUUCAAGAGCAUACGAAUGACUGGUUUGACUGGUUUUUUCACUGCAUACAUGAAAGGAAAGCUCCGGGACGAAAUUACUGCAUCCAAGCACUAUCGAUUCUACCAUUCACUCUUAUUCGGGUUAGAAUUGGUUUCCAUUGCGAUGACCCCAGUCUUAAUUCUUGUUGGCACAUUCUUGUGGACUAGAAAAGAUGAACACAUUCCCGUUGCAACUGUUUACGCGAUAUUGGCUGUCUCAGUCCUAAUCAUCGAACCACUUGGCCAAUUGGUGCAUACAUUUUCUUUUUUGGCACGAGUAUUCGCAUGCCACGAUCGCAUUCAGGCAUUUCUUGUGCUCGACCCAAUGAAGGACUUCAGGAAGCCCCACAAAGCCAAGAAUCGUACAUCCUCGUCAAAAUCAGUCGGUAAUAGCAAGACUUUGCAUGGGCUAGAGGGUACAGCCGUCGAUGUUGAGCGGGUCUAUAGCCGUCCUACCUCAGAUGGAAGGCAGGUACUGCAGAAUAUCAGUGCAUCUUUCCCAGCACAAAAGGUAACGGCAAUACAAGGUUCCGUUGGAGAUGGCAAAUCGACUUUGUUGCAACUCCUUAUUGGAGAGGUUCCGCUGUCUCGAGGUACUCUCAAGAUUGAGGUCAACAAUAUCGCAUAUUGUGCUCAACUCCCUUGGAUUCCAAAUAAGCGUGUCAAAGAUCUCAUCAGUGGCCACUACCAGAUGUCUGAUGCUUGGUACAGAGAAGUGACACGGGCUUGCUGUUUAGAUGCCGAUUUUUCCACUUGGCAAACAGGGGAUAAAAAGGAGACUGGAAACGGCGGUUCGAACCUGAGUGGUGGGCAGAAGCAACGUGUUGCUCUGGCAAGGGCAUUGUAUACCAAAAAGCCAAUCAUGAUACUCGACGAUAUCUUCAGUGGCCUUGAUGGGCAAACUUCCAGCGCUAUUUUUGAAAACCUGUUUGGCCAGGCUGGCCUCUUGCGCAGAUCAAAAUCAACGGUCAUUAUGGUAACCAGCUUAGCGGAACAUCUUCGCUAUGCUGAUAACAUUUUGAGGUUUGACGAAAGCCGGUCUCUGGUAGAGGUUGACAGAGAUAGCAUUAUGUCUCCUCCAGUAUCUCCUGAAGAUUUGGCUACCAUCCCCAACAACGUUACUACUGAGGGAUCGAGUCUUCAGAGCCAUGCCGGGCCCCCCACGACACCAAGUAGUGCAACAAGUAAUACAGGUGAUAUUGAGGCAGACGCGCAACAGGACGCAAGGCCAUUUGACACAGUCAAUGAAGUCUCGAAAGAUGUCAAGGUGGACUCGGAGAUUGAUGACGGCUCUCCGGAUACUGCAAAGAAACCCCCCACAGAUGGCAGGGCAUAUUUUUACUAUCUGGGAUCAUUCGGUGUACGGCGGAUGGCCUUCUGGAUAGUAUGGAUUGCUCUAGGUGAGGCUCUCUUUAAAGGCCCCAACAUCUAUUUGCGAGACUGGCUCGCAAAUGAAGAUUAUGACAGGAACAGUCUCCUUGGCUAUGUUCUCAUUGCUGUUUCCGGUGUUAUAUUCUCAACUUUGUCCAUCCUGUACUACUUCGUUUUUCUAAUCGCUACGUCAUAUGACAACAUCCACAACAAACUCCUCCAUGCGACCAUGGCGGCCACCUGGCAGUUUCUAUCAACUACCGAUACCGGCAGUCUGUUGAACAGAUUUGGCCAGGACAUGGUUUUGUCAAGCCAAGAUCUUCCGUACUCUCUCAUGUACGGCUUGAUGCAGUUUUUCAGCGUCCUAGUUGGAAUGGGUAUUAUUGCGAGUGGUGUGUACUAUGCGGCUGUGGUAGUUCCACUGUUCUUUGCCUUUUUGGUCCGCCUUCAACGCUUCUAUUUGAAGACUUCGAGACAGAUGCGGCUGUUGCAGAUCGAAGCCACGGCGCCUUUGUAUACGUUAUUCAACGAAACAGCAUCUGGAAUUCAACACAUCCGCGCCUUUAAAUGGACAUCAUUCUACCAAGAAGAGCUUAUCGAAACGUUGGAUUAUGCCCAGCGGCCAUUUUAUCAGAUGCUCAGUAUCCAGCAGUGGCUGUUCCUAGUGCUCGAUCUGGGUGUCUGUGCUUUGGCAACAGUUGCCGUUGCUUUAGGUCUCUAUAUUCGAGAAACUUCGUCUGCAAACGGUCUUGGUCUUGCCUUAAUCAGCUUCAUUGCGCUGAGUGUGGAAAUUUCGCUCUGCCUCCGUCAUUGGGCAGAUGCAGAGACCUCUAUUGGCGCAGUAUCAAGAGUGUUGGACUAUGAAGAGUCGACACCAAAGGAGCGGCAGCUGACACCGGACGAUGAUGAUGAUGAUGCGAUAGACUCCUGCUGGCCAGAAGAGGGCCGCCUUAAUUUUAGCAAAGUGAUUGCACAAUAUAAUUCGGCAGAUCCGAAUUCACCGCAAGCACUCAUCGACGUAGCCUUUGAGGCUCGCCCGGGGGAGACGGUUGGCAUCAUCGGUCGAACUGGAAGUGGUAAAUCAUCUAUCCUCAUGGUGAUUCUGCAAAUGAUGGAUUAUGUUGGGUCUAUCCAGAUUGAUGGAGUAGAACUAAGGAGCAUUCCUCCGGAAACCAUACGGUCACGCAUCACUACCAUUACGCAAGAUACAGUCCAUAUCCCAGGGUCUAUCCGACUGAACAUGGAUCCUUUUGGGGAUAACGUGGGCCGCUCUGUAAAUGACAAGGAGCUGGUUGAUGUUUUGCAAAAGGUCGGCCUGUGGGAACAUAUCGCACGUCGGGGUGGACUUGAUGCACUUUUAUCAAAAGUCAAGCUAUCUGAUGGUCAACGACAGAUGCUAAACGUCGCUCGGGGCAUCGUGCAUCAUAUUCGGACGGAUUCUCGAAUUGCGUUGCUGGAUGAAAUUACGAGUCAAGUAGACUCUAAGACAGAUGAACAGAUCCAAAUUGCUAUCAGUUGCUAUUUUAGGGACUGUACAGUACUGGCUAUUGCUCAUCGCCUUGAAACUUUGAGACACGCGGACACUAUUAUGACUGUCACAAGCGGCCGUAUCUCAGUAAUUUCAUCGGCAAGAUAUUGGUCGAGAACGAGCGACAUGUCUAGUGGGCAAUCAGGCUCUUCUCGAGACAUAACACUUACAUGCUCGCAAGCGCCAGAAUCCAUUGAGCCACCUGAGCAACCAGAUAGAAGGAGGCAAUCAAGUCCGUGCCAGCCAGUGUUGCCCUCUAUUUCGGCAAUUAUAAAGAGUAGUGAGCAAAACCGCCAUGGCCCGGCUAUAUCUCCUUCGAUUCCUACGGAAAAAGCCGAUGAAGCCCAAAAGCCAUGUUUACCUUCCAUUAGGCAAAUUCUAGCGUUUAACGCGGCGAACCCAAGCGUCAAACUAUGCUUCAAACAACAGGAACCACAGGUUGUUAAAAAGCACAAGGCUUCAUCCGGUACCUUGUCACAGAAGCAGCCUCUCCCACCAAUCUAUGAAAGAGAUAGCAUGGACAGUGGCACGCACUUCACGGAUUUGAUCAGACCAUCUCUGUCGGAACGGACAGCUCCUGAUCCUUGGGGUCUUCUACCAGCGAAAGCCAAGGAGGACGAAGAAGAAGACUCAAGCACGGAAAAUGGAGGCCUAAACUUGAACAGCCAAGGAGAUGAGCAAAUGGGACUGGGAGAGAUAGUGACAGGAUGGCUGGAGCAUGUGGAACAUGACAAACUUGGGGUACAUCAAUGUUGGCAGGAAGAGGACUUGGGACAUGAGAUAGCAGCGGCUGCAGAGGGAGAGCCAAGAAAGGGAGUCGACGAUGGAUCAAACGGUUAGCAACGCCUGCGUUGGAGUUUUUGCUCAUUACAGCUAGUUUUCUUUUUUGUACAUAAUGCACAGUAUUUUGCAUGCCAGAGACUUUUUUUUUCAGUGACCAGUGUUUUCAUUAUCGUGAGGCUAUCAAACUGAUAUCCGUGCUCUUCCAACGCCCUUCUCUAUAAAAAAAACGCAAGCGCUUCACAUGCUACCGUGUCGUGUCUUCCACCAAGCGCGCUUUCUUCUUUUUUUCUCCCUUACGGAGGUGUGUGAUCAUCUACUCUCAGCCUCCCGCAUGUUGUAUUCAUGCAUGGCUCCCGUCGAUUUCGACAUUUCAUUCUUAUCCCGGGACUAUUUUGUAUCGGCUAGAUGCUUAGUCGCUUUACUCUUCAUCGCUGAUCUGU